GUGGUGAGGGCGGAGGAGUAGUGCUGUGGAAAAUUUCGCGCUUGUGUUAGAAAUGGAAAAUCUGUGCAGCGAAAGAAUGCUGAGCUGUCAGCGUACGAAGAGCGUUAAUGUGGUGAUGUGCGUGCAAUCACAAGCGAAUGACAUGAAGAGAGUACAAACUCCAAAGCGUUAAGAAGCAAACACGUUUAUCUGAAUCCCCCUCUCCUGCCCUUGAUCCUUGUACACUUGACAGGAGCAGUUUCUCUUCAGUCGUUUUCUGCUCGGGCGGUGAGGCGCUUCACGCUCUAAUCGGCAAGUGGUUGUAUGCGUGUACAAAGGACGUGUAAAACUUGUGUAGCCAAAUCGGACUGAGCGUAAGUCAACUCGCACGUAGCAGACGACUGACAGACAGCUGAAAAAUUCCGUCCUAGUUGCCAACAACAGUUUUCCAGAAAUAUGACUUCGUACAGUGGCCGCACCAUGAAGUGCAACGAGGAUCUCGAAAAUGAGAGGAAGAAAUGCACAUUUGAUCCACUUGAACUGACACACAUGCUUGACGGUGGCGAGGACAAGACGAAGGAGAGGAGAGACAGACAACAGUUCUUCCUGUCGGAUGCAGAACUUAGAGAUGACGUUCCUAAUGAAUAUCUGAGCCACAAGGAGAAGUUUGAGAAUUCUAUUAAGAAGGCUUGUGCAUUAUUCAAGAAAGUAAAUGAGUCCAGUGGAGGAGGUGGAAGUGUUGAUGGUUACAGGCAAGUUUUGGGUGGUAUGCUUGGCAGUGCGGUUCUGAAUGAUGGAAAUCCAUUUGCACUUCACUUUGUUAUGUUUAUUCCAACAAUUAUGGGCCAAGGAAAUGUGGAACAACAGGCAUAUUGGGUUGGAAGAGCAUGGAAUUGUGACAUCAUUGGAACAUAUGCGCAGACGGAAUUGGGACAUGGUACUUUUAUUAGAGGGCUGGAGACAACGGCACAUUACGAUCCUAAAACUAAAGAAUUUGUUUUGAAUUCUCCUACAUUAACAUCGUACAAAUGGUGGCCUGGCGGAUUGGGGCAGACAGCAAAUUAUGCAGUUGUCAUGGCGCAGCUUCACACAAAGGGCAAGUGUCAUGGCAUCCAUCCAUUUAUUGUGCAGCUAAGGGAUGAGGAGACUCAUCAUCCAUUGCCAGGUAUCGUAAUAGGAGAAAUAGGUACAAAGCUGGGGAUGAACUGCACAAACAAUGGAUACCUAGGCUUCAAAAGUGUUCGUAUUCCUCGAGAAAAUAUGCUGAUGAAGAAUUCACAAGUGCUUGAGGAUGGUACAUAUGUGAAGUCUCCCAGUGACAAGUUAACAUACGGAACAAUGAUGUUUGUGAGAGUUGUUCUAGUACAGGAUAUGUCCAGCCACUUGUCAAAAGCAGUUACAAUUGCUACAAGGUACAGCGCUGUGCGUAGGCAAUCGGAGAUGAAAGCAGGGCAAAGGGAACCCCAAAUUAUAGAUUAUGUUACACAACAGUACAAACUGUUCCCAAAUAUUGCCUUGUACUUCGCCCUGCGCUUUAGUGCCAAUUGGCUUUGGGAAAUGUAUAACAGUGUCACAUCUGAAUUGGAGUCUGGUGAUCUGGAAAGACUGCCUGAGCUGCAUGCAAUCUCAUGUUGUCUGAAAGCUGUUGCAACUGCAGAUGCAGCUGCAGGAGUGGAAACUUGCCGGCUAGCGUGUGGUGGUCACGGUUACAUGACAUCCAGCAAUCUUCCCUGCAUCUAUGGACUUGUAACUGCUGCCUGCACAUACGAGGGAGAGAACACCGUUAUGCUUCUGCAGACUGCCAGGUUCUUGAUGAAAGCAUGGGGCCUUGCUGCCAGCAAUCAGGCACUGACACCAACAGUGGCUUACUUACGCCAAGCUGUAGGCAGAGGUAGUGAGGGAACCUUUGAGAAAACAAUGCAAGGACUCAUCCGUGCAUACUGGCAAGUGGCUGCAGGAAAAAUUAAGCUUUGUCACCAAGACAUGGAAAGGAGGAUAAGAGGUGGAUAUUCGUCUGAGGACGCCUGGAAUAUGACGUCUAUAGAACUUGUACAGUGCGCAGAGUCUCACUGCCGUGCAUUCAUAGUGGAAAAAUUUGCUGAGAGAGUAUCCAGUUUGGAAACAUCAGAUGCUCUUCGAGCUGUUUUGGCCCAGCUUUGUGAAUUAUAUGCCACCUACUGGGUUUUGCAACGGUCAGGUGACUUUCUUCGGUUUGCUGGAGCCAAGCCUCAAGACAUAGAGGAUGUGCAGCUGUGGAUGGAAUCCCUCUUGACUUUAAUACGGCCAAAUGCAGUCGGUAUUGUAGAUGGUUUUGAUAUCUGUGAUGAAAUUCUGCGCUCUACAUUGGGUUCCUGGGAUGGCCAAGUGUACCAACGUCUCUUCGAUGAAGCUUUAAAAAGUCCACUCAACAGAGAACCUGUCAACAUGUCCUUCAAAAAGUACAUGGAACCACUAUUCAAAUCCAACCUGUAAUCUGAUGGAGAGACUCCUCACUUAAAAACCAAGGCACUAUGUUGUACUUCAGUGUAGUUUUUAUCACAACUACGAUAAGCAUUUAUUUUUUAUAACUGUUUCUCUCUGAUUUUGGUAUCAAGACUUUUUUAUUGUGUACAUUUAGGGCAAGGGAUGAAAUGCUGCAUAAUAAAUGUGAUCAUUUAUUUUUCUAAUGGUAUCCACACUAAAGGAUUCCAAAAAUUUUUAUGUACUAGUUAAAUUUGUCAUAAAUUUUAUAUAAAAGUUAAAUUGCUAAAACUAUUUUUAUAUUACAUUUUUCGUACUAAUGUAUGUAAAUAAGAAAACAUAAAAGUUACAGAAAAGUUAAAAUGUAAUGUUGUGCAGUUAAUGUAGACUUGGGAGUAGAUAGUAACAGUCCUGUUUCCUGGCUUGUCACAGAAGUAAUACUCAUAAUAUCAGAAAUACAGAAUAAAGUACAAAAUUUUAGUUAAUAUACUGUCAAUUACUUCCGAGUUAGUCUCAAAUAAAAUGUAUUUAGGCUUGUUAAUAAUCUGACAUUAGUACUAUGUACAGUGAGACUGUAAAGCAUAUUAAGCACAACUGUUAAAUAUGUGUAUGCAUUUCAGUAGCAUGACUUUUAUUUUCAUUUAUCUGUUACACAAACUUGUCAAAUAACCAGCCACAAUAACAGUUGGGGUGAUAAAUUAAUGCCAGGAAGCAGAAGUUAUUUACUGAAAAGAAUGUUGUAUCUUCUGACGAUAAUUGGAGUUUCCAACACAUAAGAAAGCAGCUUGAAGUAUUAAACACAUUAAUAAAUAGAAGUGGACACUUCGUCCAUCAGCAAAGUGAUGGAUGGUCAGCUGCCCCUUAUUUAAUAGUAAUCUAUAUGUUCGACAUGUUUUUGUUCAUAUUGCUUUGUUAACUGCGUGUUUUGUGUAACUGGCAGCCUUCUGUGUGGUCAGACCGAUAAGAUUCAGUUAAGUGAUGAGACAUAAUCCUGUGCAAAUCUCUAGUCAACUUUUAUUGAUGCAUACUGGAAAUUUCAGGUAGAAGACCUGAAAUUUUCCAUAUGUCGGGGGUGUUUUGUGUAAUUUUUCUUUGGUCUUGUUAUCAGUAUUAAACUGUAAAAAUACAGCUGGACAAAAUAAAACUUGAAAGUAUUUUUUAAUAAUA